ACAUGCGGCCGGCAUAAUUUUGGCGAAAUCCCAUUGCAUAAGCCGAUAAAAUCGUCUUUUUCAAGAAUUCUAAACAGAAUAUUUACGAAACUACCCUUCAGCCAGAAAUAUAUUAUAGUUAAGACUGCAUCAAUACCACAAUAUUUGUCAUUCUUUCUGAGAAUUUGCUGUAAACACCAUUUGAUUUCGGUUGACCUUCGAAGGCCAGUGCAAAUUUGAGUCAAAAUGGCUGCCAGAGCCCUGAAUAAUCUUGGGAAAUUGGGUCUAGGAAUUGCUGUGGCUGGUGGUGUAGUCAACUCAGCUCUAUUUAAUGUGGAUGGUGGUCACAGAGCUGUCAUUUUUGACAGAUUCCGUGGCGUUCGUGAGUUUGUGAUUGGCGAGGGAACCCACUUCUUCAUCCCUUGGGUACAGAAGCCUGUUAUCUACGAUUGUAGGAGUCGUCCAAGGAAUGUGCCCGUUGUGACAGGAAGCAAAGAUUUACAGAACGUGAACAUCACCCUACGUAUUCUAUUCAGACCACAAGUUGACCAGCUCCCCAAGAUCUUUUCAAAUCUUGGCAUUGAUUACGAUGAGAGAGUACUACCCUCUAUUACACAAGAAGUAUUAAAGGCCAUUGUGGCCCAGUUUGAUGCAAGCGAACUGAUCACCCAGAGAGAGGUCGUGUCCCAGCGUGUCAGCGAGGAGUUGCGAGAUCGAGCACAUUCCUUCGGGAUUCUCUGUGAUGAUAUUUCAUUGACCCAUUUAACUUUUGGUCGUGAGUUUACACAGGCCGUUGAGAUGAAACAAGUCGCUCAACAGGAGGCUGAGCGGGCCAGAUAUCUUGUGGAAAGAGCCGAACAACAAAAGAAAGCAGCCGUCAUAGCCGCCGAAGGAGACUCAGUCGGAGCUGAACUUUUAUCCAGAGCGUUCCAAGAUUCGGGCGAUGGUCUCAUCUCGUUAAGGAAAAUAGAAGCCGCAGAAGAUAUCGCAUACCAACUAUCAAAAUCACGGAAUAUUGUGUACCUUCCUCCCGGGCAGCAAACACUCCUCAGUUUACCCCAAUAAGAGGCGUUAGGACCAUAGAUGUGUCUUGAUUUGCGAAAUUUCAUGCCAGUGAACUGUAUUCCACUCAGAUGGCGAGUUGAGAAACUUGAUACUAAUAUGACUGUAUGGAUUGCAUAGAUGAUUUUUUGGGGCUGCUGCUUGUACCUUGAUAAAGUAUAAAAAGCUAUGUGGUGUUAUAUUGUCAGCACUCAAGCAUAUUGUCAUCUUCAUAAGUUUGAAUUGUAUGAAAGAAGGGUGCCUUUCUGGUAGCGUUGACCUACUGCUUAAUUUGAGAAGAGAGUGGUUAAGACUUUCUCCAUUGAAACUAUUAUUCAGCCACUUGUGUAGAUGUGCAUUCGAGUGUGAAUUCCUAGACAAAAAAUUAUGUUAUAAUAAAAGUUUCUGUAGAUAA